AUGUCGGCCCUCAGUCAUAUGCGCGAACUCAACAUGUCGGAAGAUCCAUACUAUGAUCUCGGGUCAUAUCAACUGCCCGUGAAGACAAACUCUCCAGAAUGUCAAGUCUGGUUUGAUCGCGGAUAUCGUUGGGCCCAGGGUUUCAAUCAUGGAGAAGCUGCCCGAUGCUUCAAGAACGCAAUUGCACAUGACGAAACUUGUGCCAUGGCAUACUGGGGUCUUUCCUAUGCCCUAGGACCUAACUACAACAAGGCCUGGAUUCGAUUUGAUCGCUCCGACUUGCUUGAAUCGACCACCGAAGCCCGGCACCUUCUUCAGAAGGCGGAAACAUGCACUACUCCAGAAACCCCGAUGGAGUUUGCUCUAAUUAAGGCUCUGAAGGCUCGAUUUCCACAAUCCGAAGUGAUACCCGAGGAUCUUGGCUCUCUGGAUCGAAGUUACGGGGAGGCUAUGCGUGCUGUGUAUGAACAGUUUUCGGAUGAUUUGGAUAUUGCCGCUCUCACGGCAGAAGCCUUGAUGUGUUUCACUCCGCGUGGUCUAUGGAACCUUGAUACAGGAAAGCCCACCGGUUAUCAUACUGUACUGGCUCGUGAGAUAAUAGAGAGGGCGAUGACCCUUCCAACGGGCGCAGAACAUCCCGCGUUAUGCCAUCUGUAUAUUCAUUUGAUGGAGAUGUCACCUAACCCAGAAAUCGCCUUGCCAGCAGCUGAUCGGCUACGCUUUUUAAUGCCCGAUGCAUCCCAUAUGCUGCAUAUGCCGACACACAUCGAUAUCGCUUGUGGCGAUUAUCGUAGAGCUGUGGACUCAAAUCACCAAGCUAUGCUUUCCGAUGAUAAGUUCUUUGCCCGCACAGAAGGAUCCAAUAUCUACAAGUUAUAUCGGGCGCAUAACAUCUACGUGAAACUGUAUAGCGCCUUGAUUUCUGGCCGCUCGCAGGAAGCACUCUCUGCGGCAUAUCGUCUGCCUGGAAUACUUACCACCGAGGUGCUUUCUAUUUCUAGUCCUCCGAUGGCAGAUUGGGCCGAAAGCUUUCUCGGCGCGAUUGUACAUGUUUUAGUCCGAUUUGGUCACUGGAGGGAAAUCCUUCAAGAUCUUCCGGUACCAGAGGACAAGCAGCUGUACUGUUCCACAACAAGUAUGAUCUAUUAUGGCCGAGCUAUUGCACUUGCGGUACUUGGUCGGGUUGAUGAAGCAAAGCUCGAACAAGCCAAGUUUGAGGCGGCGAGAGCCCUUGUGCCGAGAACCCGUCUUAAUAGCCUACCGACUGUGGAGGCCGAUGUACUGAAUGUUGCAUCGGCUAUGCUACAAGGCGAGAUCCAGUAUAGAGAGGGAAAUUUCGAUGUUGCAUUUCGCCGUUUGCGAGAGGCUGUCGCUCUGGAAGAUAGUCUCCCUUAUUCCGACCCUCCGCCUUGGAUGCAGCCAGCCCGACAUGCGUUGGGCGCCUUACUCUUAGAACAAGGUCAUCUCGAGGAAGCAGAGCUAGUAUAUCGAGAGGAUCUUGGACUGAGCGAUAGUCUACCCAAGCGCAAAGCAAGAUUGAACAAUGUUUGGGGUCUUCAUGGUCUUCAUGAAUGCUUGACCAAGACCGGGAAAAUUGGAGAGGCAAAAAUCAUCGGCAUCCAGAAAGAUCUAGCUUUGGCCUCCGCAGACGUUGGCAUUGUUGCUUCAUGUUUCUGUCGUCUUUCUACUCAGGGAACGGAUGGUUCCCAGCCCGAGAAAUCAGAAUGCUGCGCCUGA